AGUAUUGCGUUGUCCCUCGGUCGGAUCGCAAGCGGUAACUUUGGUGUGGUUUGCUUUCGUGUCGCGCGCGCUUUGAUGAACAACAUUUACGUACGGAACACUUUCGGAAGCCGCAGUUUACCGCUAAUUUUCGGCGAAAUUUGUUGACACAAUGCGUAGAGGUUAGCAAAUCGAGGCGGUGCUUCCGCAUCGGGGUUACCGGAGUUUAUUUUCGUUCUGUUUUGACGAGCCAUCGUCGUAAUGGAAGCUUGCAACAGGGGAAACUUCGGAGGGAAGCGCCUGCGCGUGUUCACCUAAUUGUCAGUGAACGCGAUUUUGUUGUUGUUGCAUGGUCCACUGGUGGACGAGUGUUCAGUUUGUAACGAAAUUACCUAGUAAAAAUCAAUCCUUAUCAGCUGAUGCGUUCCGAAAUCGUUAAGGUGUUGUGUAAAGUAUUUCGGUUUGUUUCGACAUACCGGCAACGAACCCGAAGCCAACCCGAAUUCGCUCCAGUGCUGCACGUAGUAGAUUAAGUUUUGAAGUUCAAAAGGUAAACAGACCGUGUGUGGAUGAUUCAUCGUUGCUAUUAGGCGCCGAAAGGGGCGAAGGGGUUUUUAUGAAUGAAAGGAAUCCACUUUCCGACAACAUCGACGCCAGGAUUCUGCACACAUUUGCUUUUCCCCCUCGGCUGUAGUUUAUUAUCCUUCCUUCGGUUUUGCUUCGUAGCUUUGAAGAUGCCGGUUGUGCUAGUUGCAGUAAUCCAAGUGCGAUUAAAUUGAAGAAAGUAAAAGUAAAGUUUUAGUGCGAUUAGUGUUUUAGCUAAUAAGCUGGUUUAAAGCUUCGGUGCGAAAAAGUGGCUAGCAACUUGUGGUGUUCGAGUGAAUCCAGUUGCUGCUCAACUGCCUCGCGGCUAAAAGCAGCGAGUCGAAAACGGUUCGGAAGAGCCGGUUUUCGAGUGAUAUAAGAAGUGCUGCAGAAAAAAAAGGCUCUAUUCGAGCAGUGCCUGAAUAAGCAAGUAAAAUGCAAUCAAUGGCCCGUGGUGAUAAAUGUGGGCGAAUCGCGCGUCCACAACGGAGGGAUAUCUUCGUGCUGUUGCAUUUCGGUGCAUUGCUCCUGAGCUGCUGCUGCGUUUCCGGUAAACCGCUCGAGAAUCGGCACAAAUCGUGGGACUUCGAUGAUAAUGUGCAAAACUACUUGAUGGAGUUUGGAUACUUGCCGAAAUCGAACAUCGAAACGGGGAAUCUCCGCACGAUGGACCAGCUGAAGGAGGCUGUCAGACAGUUGCAGUCCUUUGCCAAUUUGAAUCCGACGGGUGAAAUCAACCAGGAGACUUUGGCACUGAUGCGACGGCCCCGCUGUGGAGCUCCAGAUCUGCCAAGCUCUCGGGACUUUCUUCCGUCCAACACCUUGAAUGGAGUGUUCGAGUUUCAGCGGCACAGGCGGCAACGACGCUUCGUGAUCCAGGGCCAGAAGUGGGAGCAUCCCAUCGUAACUUGGAGCUUGGUGAACCAAUCGAUGGUAGAUUUGGAUGCUGGUCAGGUGAGGCGAGUCCUACACGAAGCACUGGACUUGUGGGCUCAAAAUGCAAAUCUUACCUUUCGCGAGGUGUAUAGCAGCGAAGCGGAUAUUCAGGUUUUAUUCGCCCGUCAAUUCCACGGCGAUGGAUACAGAUUCGAUGGACCUGGAAAAAUUCUAGCACAUGCAUUCUACCCUGGAACCGGUAUUGGCGGGGACGCACACUUUGAUGAGGAAGAAACGUGGCUUUUGAAUGAACCCCUCGGAACCGAUGGUACUCGUCUCUUUGACGUUGCGGUUCAUGAGUUUGGACACUCGCUAGGUUUAGGACAUUCAUCCGUGAAAGAUGCCAUCAUGUUCCCGUGGCAUCACGUAUCCUAUCGAGGUAAAGAUACCAUUCCGGAAGAUGAUCGGCUAGGAAUCCAGGGUAUCUACGGUCCCAAGAAGAAAACCUACGGUCGAAAUCCGGAAAGGCACACCCCAGCGACGACUACAACUACAACAACGACUACCCCUGCUCCGCCGCGCCGACCAUCCACCAAAAGAUACUACCCCCGAAAAGACCACAAUGGGCACCCAUGGGAAGACUUACCGCCGAACGUUCCGGUUCAACCGUGGAAAACUACUACGACGACCGAAAUCCCCCGACGACGUGUUUACUACCCAGAUCGACCACGGGGCGUCGGAACAGAUUAUCCGACUCCUCGUGUUCACCACGAAGAGCGACCGUACACCCGUGAACCGGAUACCGAAGCUCCGCAUCACAUUCCAACACCAACCAAAAUUCAUCAUCAUCACCAUCACCAUCAUCAUCCUCGAACACAGCAUCCGGCUACGCGACCGCCAUUGCCACGGGUACCAAACCCGUGCGACACCAGCUACGACGCCAUCACGCUCAUCCGCAAUGAACUGUUCAUCUUCAAAGAUCGCUAUCUAUGGCGAAUCUUCGAAAACGACGUCCAGAACCGACCACCAAUCGAGAUCGAUCGGAUGUUCUUCGGGCUGCCGAAGGAUUUCGAACGAAUCGACAGCGUUUACGAGAACAAGCAUCAGAAAAUAUUGUUCUUCAUAGGGAAGCAAUACUACGUCUUCAAUUCUCAACAUUUAGAGCCGGGAUACCCGAAACCGUUAACACAUUUGGGACUGCCAGAGAGCAUCGAACGUAUCGAUGCCGCACUCGUUUGGAGCUAUAAUAACCGAACGUAUCUUUAUAGUGGUCGACUAUAUUGGAGAUUCGACGAGGAUACGAACCACGUAGAACUGGACUACCCAAGAGACAUGUCGAUGUGGAAGGGCGUCGGCUACAACAUCGAUUCGGCUUUUCAAAACAGGGACGGAAAAACGUACUUCUUCAAAGGUAAAGGCUACUGGCGAUUCAACGAUCUGCGAAUGAGUGUCGAUCACGCAGAUCCGCACUCGUCGGCACACAAGUGGAUGAAGUGCCAGCGAGAGCCAAUCAUCGACACUACCACUGAGGAAAUGCAGGUCAGCGCGGCCUGCACUUUGGUGAGGUGGAACUUCGCACAUAGUUUUGUUCUAGCACUACUAGUGGUAAUUAGUCUAAAUGGAGCGCUUGGAGAGACAUUGAUGUGAAACAACUUGAGACUUUUCAUUCGAUACGACUAAAUUAGCUUCUAAUUAUACAAUUUCAUCUAAAGUUGAAUAAGUUUUUGAAAAAGCUUAAAGCGAGAUACUCGCGAAGAACGAGAAAAACACGUCACUGCCGGAAUCAAAGUAUUUUUCCAUCACCAUGACAAACUUUUGAAGUUCGUGCAAUAUUUCAUAGACCAAGUUUAGGAAUAAAUUUUAGGAAUUUUGGCACUAUAUAUCAGACAGAGCUUUUUCGUGAGUUGACAAAAGUUGAAAUUGAUUCAACACGCAGUAGAAAAAUUCCAGCAUAGAUUUAGCUAACCUAAAAACCCAUUUUUGUCAGCAUUAGACUAUUCGAAUAUCGAUUGACUAGAAUUUAUUCCAGGUUUAACUAGGCUUAGAACCAAUUGUGUACAAUACUAUAACUGCAGUUGUAAAAAAAUAAUCACACUAAGUUUAUUCACUUAUUACCAAUUUCUAGGUUGUAAUGUAGAAAAUAAAUCAUAACGAACGAUAAGCAAAGGUUGAAUUAAGUACGCUGUGAUAUGCGAGUUUACAAUGUCAUAACAUUUAUAAACAGAAGACCCAUUUUUUGUUUGCGUUCUCUCCAGCAACACUACGCCUCUAUGCCACUGCGUACAAUCGCUAAAACAUAUGAUGCUUAAUCAUAAAACCAUAAAUACUUUAACGAUAAACAAUGCGAAAUAUAAUUUCCUUUGCUUAGUAGCAACCAACAUACACCAAUGACAUUCGAUUUUACAAUACAUAAAAGAUCGGUUUUAGAAUGGAUUAAGCUUACACCCUACGAGCCCCGAUUUAGUUAUACAAGAAAUCUAAAGUUAUACGAGAAACUAAGUGAGAUUGUCAAAGUUACGACGAUAACCCAUUUAUCUGUUCUGAUAGUUUUUAAAUAAUUUAUCAUGACCCAUCUCUUUAGAACAUACGUACAUUAGCAUAGCACAAAUUUUCAAACGUAAUACUUUGAUGUAACAAACAAUGACGCAGUUGUAGCUGGAAAGAACUUCAAACGAAUUUCGGACAGUAAUAAUGUUAAGCUAAAAUAGUUUUCCUCAGUUGGGAUGAAUAAACAAUAAAAACUAGAAAAUGCUCCA